AUGUCUACUGAACAACAGUAUAAACAAGCUUCCAUCUUCACCGCUGACGGUGUCCUCUUUGACAUGGACGGUACCUUGACCGACUCUAUCGCUGCCGUCGAAGCAGCUUGGACUGCCAAAGCUGAAGAACUCGGUCUCGAACCCGAAGAGGUCAUCCGAGCCACACAUGGUCGAAGAGCCAGUGAUAACCUUAUGGAACUGGUACCAGGUCUGCGUAAGGAGCAUGUAGAGCGAGAGGUUGAGAAGUUUGAACGAUCAAUCCUCGCCUUUGCCGAUACCCCACCUCAUUCUCGAAAAGGAUCGUUCAGCUCUGCUCGAUCCAGACAGUCAUCAAUGACCAGCGGCUCCACUCGUCGGUCUUCGAUCGCUCCUAUGACACCCGUCAGCAAUACUCCUGACGUUGCCCGACAUCCUUCAUUCCAAUUCAGUACCGCCGACACCCUCAAUUUGACGAGUCUCAAACUGAGCAAAACAUCAGUAACUGAAGUAGCCGUCGAAGACGAAUCUCCAUUCGCUGAUGAAGAAGCUGAAGAUCUGAUUGACAUGAGUGUCCGGAUCCUCCCUGGUGUAAGGAAGAUGAUCAACUCCCUUCCUGAGGGCAAAUACGCUGUCGCCACUUCUGGUGCUAAGACAUAUUGCCACGGUUGUCUUAACAGAACUGGUAUCACAAUUCCUAAAGUCUGUGUUACUGCCGAUGAUGCUCGACUCCUACGAGGAAAACCUUUCCCCGACCCAUUCUUGCUCGCUGCCUCGGAUCUCGGAAUUGCACCUACCAGGGCUGUAGUCUUCGAAGACUCACCUUCAGGUAUCAAAGCUGGUGUAGCUUCCGGUGCUACUGUCAUUGCAGUUUGCACUUCCCAUACUCGCGAGAAGAUCGAAAACCUUGGUGCUCACUUUGUUGUCGACACCAUGGACCAAGUCAAAGUUGACCACAUGGAAGAUGGUCAACUUAGAUUCACUGUAGCUUAUUAG